AUGGAUGACGACACGUCGUCCGGCACGUAUGCUAGUGAUCUCGUUUCAGAUCAAUCCUCUAUCUAUGUCAUGGCCGAUAAAUCCCCAUCAAACUCCACAUCCUUUCUAGAUUUGCCCGCGGAAAUUAUCCACUGGAUCCUCUCUUAUCUCUCAGCGCCAGACUUGGCCCGUGCCUCAUCCACUUGCCGGGCUCUUGUCGAUCAUGGAUCCAGCGAUCUGCUGUGGGCUGGCCUGGUAAAUGCAAGACUUCCGACCCCCAUUGGAGAUCCAGGUAUUUUCCAAUCAUUUCGUCGUCUAUAUCUGGCGUAUCAUCCAUGCUGGUUCAUACCGCAGCAUAAGAUCUGGUUUGCAGACAAUGAGAACACUGGCUCCUUGAUCUUGGCGCGAUAUGAUAACCGCCGAGGCGUGAUUGAAGCAUAUCGGAUCCUUGCAGAGCGUGGUACUCCUUCAUUUGAUGUGUGGGAGUCGAAUCCAGAUGUGAUUAUCCAACAUUUUGAUCCUCGGGUUCAUUUGUGGCUGGAUGAUCCUGUUUUGUUCCUCAAAGACCCGGAACCAAACUCAUCCACCACCCCAAUGCAAGUCUUACGUUCCUUGAUUGUGGAACGUCAGAUGCCAAUGGCUUUGGAAGUGCAGCAUGUUUACAGUGCGAUUUCAUUCUGCUCUGCUACGAAACCGCAAUCCAAUGACUUCUGGCCACCCUCAAUCAUUCCUAGCGAUGCACGGGUAAGUCGUGACCCCAGGAUUGACCCAGAGGCGCCAGGAUGCCCACAAGUUCCAUGUUCUCUGUCCGAAUUGUCAGAGCAUGCUUUUCGUUUGAGGAAAUGGGCGAACUACCGACAUGUGUUCUCCUCAGGCCCAAGAGAGGCCACGGUGACCUACUCGACUCUUGACCCCAAACUUUACACCCCCACAAAGGAGAAGCCCUACCAGGGAAUAUGGGUCGGCGAUUAUUCAGCUCAUGGGUGUGAAUUCCUUUUGUUGCGUCAACCUGACUCAAGCACCGAAAGUGAAGAUCUUGGUGAGACCAUGGAUGUCACAGAGACCGUGCAUCAAGGUCGCCUAGAAGCUAUCAAGCUCACAGGUGAUCCCAAUGUUCCUCGAGGUCAAUAUUCAUUUAUUGCCGAGGACAUUGGCCCUAAAGGCCUUAUUCGGGUUACAACAGACGACCCCUUUCCAGGAGCCCGUAUCGUCCAUUGCGAGGGACAUGUGGCGGGAUUAGGCUUCCAUGAUGACUGUUACAUCAAGUCCCAACUAAUUCUCAUUUCUCCCGAUUAUAUGGGUCAUUAUUGGGAGGAAAUGGGACACAUCUCCUACUACCGGCGUGUGGAUAUUGACGGUCUACUGAAGACUUGA